GGGCGGCGCGGGUCCGGGCAUGAAGCUGGGCCGGGCCGCGCUGGGCCUGCUGCUGCUGGCGCCGCUGGGGGUGCGGGCGGUGGAGCCCAUCAGCCUGGGCCUGGCCCUGGCCGGCGUGCUCACCGGCUACAUCUCCUACCCGCGCCUCUACUGCCUCUUCGCCGAGUGCUGCGGCCAGAAGCGGAGCCUCAGCCGGGAGGCUUUGCAGAAGGAUCUGGACAGCAAGCUCUUUGGACAGCAUCUUGCAAAGAAGGUCAUCUUAAAUGCUGUGUCUGGCUUCAUAAGCAACCCGAAGCCCAAGAAACCUCUCACCCUCUCCCUACACGGGUGGACGGGCACCGGCAAAAAUUUCGUCAGUAAGAUCAUCGCAGAGAAUAUUUACGAGGGUGGCCUGAACAGUGACUAUGUCCACCUCUUCGUGGCCACACUGCAUUUUCCGCACGCCUCCAACAUCACCCUGUAUAAGGAUCAGUUACAGCUGUGGAUCCGCGGCAAUGUGAGUGUCUGUGCCAGGUCCAUCUUCAUAUUCGAUGAAAUGGAUAAGAUGCACGCGGGCCUCAUCGACGCCAUCAAACCCUUCCUGGACUAUUACGACCACUUGGAUGGGGUCUCCUAUCAGAAAGCCAUCUUCAUAUUCCUCAGCAAUGCGGGAGCAGAAAGGAUCACAGAUGUGGCUUUAGAUUUCUGGAGAAGUGGAAAGCAGAGGGAAGAAAUCAAGCUCAAGGACAUGGAGCAUGCCUUGUCCGUGUCAGCCUUCAACAACAGGAACACGGCCCCAGCCUCCUACGGAGCUCCUGUCUCACCUCUGGCCCCUGGAAAGAAGAAAAGUCACUCGGUAAUUUUCCCCUGUGGAUACAUGAAGUAAAUGGAAAGGAAGAAGAGAGAGAACCCCAGCCAUCUCAUCAAGGGACACACUUUCCAUAAAAUUUUAAUUCUUUGUUUAAUAAUUAUUUAUAAAAAAUUUGUAACACAUUUCUGUUGUUUUGAUCGAUUGUGUACUAACAAUAAUCCAAAAGAAGUGUUUUAACACCUAGAGCUUUGUGAUCACCAGAAAAAUUUUUGUAUUAAAUUUUAGUCUGUAGUAUAUACGUGCCUUUGUUGCGGAGAAAUAAGAUAAGAUGAUCAAUAAAAGACUUCUAGGCAAAAAAAUACAUUUCAUUAGAAUGAUAUUUGAUGGCAGAGUAGAAUGGAAAUAUGAGUUCAAGUACAAAAAAUGAUCGUAAUAUCUCACUUGUUCAUGCAUUUUGUAGAUGGAUGAUUGCAGGUAAAACUGCUAUAACGUCCAGAUUCCAUUGAGUACGUCUAGAAGAGCAAUGUAGCAAUGUCAUAAUCUUGUUACUUACGAUAGACAGGAAAUUGCAUCUUUGGCAACCGUUUAAACUUAUGCAAAGUUUCAGUGUCGAUCUAAAAAUGUGCAAAAGGGAUGUG